UGACUUUAUAAUCAUAAGACGAAUUUCUUUACCACAAACCACGUGAUAACAGUAAUCAGAAUACAUAAAAAUCGUGUAAAACUUUGAGUUCCAGUUACACCUAACAUAACCUUAGGGAUAUGCUACAAAAUAACAUCACGAGACGAAUAAUGACAAAAUUGCGCUUAGGACUAGUUCAACUUGCAGUUGGAAAUGAAAAAUCUGAAAAUGUAAGGAGAGCAAUUUCAUUUAUUGAGGAAGCAAAAAAAAAGGGAGCUGAUAUUGUCACUUUGCCAGAAUGUUUUAAUUCUCCGUAUGGAACAGCACACUUUCCAAAAUAUGCGGAAACAAUUCCCAAUGGUGAAACAAGUAAUGCAUUAUCAGAAGCUGCUAAAAAAAAUAAAAUUUAUGUCAUUGGCGGUACAAUUCCUGAAAGAGAUGAUGAUAAGUUGUAUAACACGGCUACCGUUUGGGAUCCUCAGGGAAAAUUAAUUGCAAAGUACAGAAAGAUCCACUUAUUUGAUAUUGAUAUAAAGGGUAAAAUAUCAUUCCGAGAAAGCGAUACUUUGAGUCCUGGAGAAAAUUUAGCAACUUUUGUAAUCGAAGGAUGCAAAAUCGGAAUUGGUAUUUGUUACGACAUCAGAUUUGAGGAACUAGCACGAAUUUAUAGAAAUCAAGGAUGUCAUAUGCUAAUAUAUCCUGGAGCUUUCAAUCUAACAACUGGCCAACUGCAUUGGACUCUUUUGCAACGUUCGCGAGCAACUGAUAAUCAAUUAUAUGUUGCGUGUGUUUCGCCUGCAAGAGGAACAGGUGAUGGUUACAUUGCAUAUGGACAUACCCAACUUACUGAUCCAUGGGGUUCUGUUUUGCGAGAAUUGGAAGAAAAAGAGGAUAUGAUAAUUGAAGAUAUAGAUUUAAGUAUAAUUGAUGAGGUGAGAUCACAAAUUCCAAUUUCUAAACAAAAGCGCACUGAUUUAUAUGACACUGUUUGGAAAAAAACUUAAAGAUGUGUUUUUUGAUUGGGUUUCGCAGUGUCAAUAACAAGCAUUGAUUGCCUGUAAAUAAAUACUUAUGUUUCAUUUGUACACAAGAAAUUGAAAAUUCAUUUAUAUAACAUUAAAAAAUUGUAUGCACAUGAAAUUUGCUGCUCACUAGUGGUAAUUUUCUAUACUAUAAUUGACAUUAUAUAUCCUAUUGUGCACCAAAACAUUAUCAUUUUGUGUCUGCCAAUAUCGAACAUUCAUGGAUAAUGAUGUUAAAUGUACCAGAGAAAUAAUAAAAACUAAAAAAGUU